UGAACACCAGCUUCUCGAGUUCUUUCCGAACCGAAAGUCGUCUCACGCUAUUCUUGAGUCUUGGUCUCGUGAUAGGCCUCGCCGCAACAAUAGCGACAGUGCCGAGUCGGGAACGACGCCAAAAAGUGCACGAGACGGUCGAAUUCCGCGAGUGCAAUCGUCGCUCUCGGCUUCUCGCCGAAGCAGUGUAAGUUGCAACGAGAGGGCAGCAGCAGGAUCAAGAUCAGAUGGAGGGUACCAUCGAGACCGAGGCGCAGGGUCAGCCAGAGGAACAGAGACGAAGGAACUCGUGCAACAAGUAGCAGAAUCGAGGCCGGGGGAUGAACGACUCGAUACAGACGGACCUAAACAACUUGGUACAGUGGCGCAGCCCACUGACACCGGCGCGCAGCUGCAUGGAGGAGCAGAAGACUAUAGCAGCAGAAAAGGCUAUCCUAGCUCCAUUGAGAGCAAUAGGGAUGUGGCGGGGGUGAGGGUGGACGCUGCGACGGAGCAGGAAAAUAAGAAGCAAACGGACGCUUCUCUCCACUCUUCAGCAG